AUGGGGUUUGACCACAACAAAUCGCUUCCUGGUGCCACAUGCCACUGCGGCCAUCUAUCCUGCUUCCAUGUCCCUUCGGCGGACGCGCCUUCGCCUAUCAAGAACAAGGCCGAAAUUGAACUCAUCAAGCAACGCGUCCGGGAGAUCGAAGAGAGCCUGGACAGGAACGACCAUGAUCGCCUCUCAGGCCUGAUCUCUCGCAUCAGCGAGUUGGAGGAGACUGUUGAGAAGAACAAGGAGGAAGCUUCAGCUGAACUCAAGGGCUCCUAUCGCAAUGCCUCGGCCGCAUGGCAGCUCGUCUCCCAGUUGGAGCAGACAGUCAAGAAGCUGCAGGAAACCGUCCAAUCGCAUGACGAGCAGAUGACCAAGACGGGAAUACAGGUGGACGACUUGGUCAACCGUCAGCUGGAAUUACUGGAUAGCGACGAAAUGAUGGAGGAGAGAAUCGAGAAGCUGGAAAGUGCCGAGCCCUUACUAUCACCGCCUCAAGAUAUCGACUCUGCCGACACACCUUUUGAACCCUUACACCUAUCGCCCACAACUAUCAACACUCAACAACAAACUAUCAACCCCCCACAACCUAACCAGACCUUUCGUUCCCCAGCUAUUGGACCCUUGAGACCGUGGACCAUCCAUGUCUCCCUGAUGCCCUCCAGAGAACAACCAUUUCCAUUUGAAAAGGACACCACCUCAUACAAGAGAUGUCUAUCCCGUGGCUUACACCGAAUGAUCGCAGUGGAAGGUGAUGAUGCCCACGCCUUCACAACCGCCGUUUCGCGGGCCUUUCAAUCCCUACUCAAAGGCCGGCCGUGGAUGCCUCUGCAAGCAAAGCUAUGCGAUGCCGAGCGUCUUCAAGGCUUGCCCAUGCUUCGUCAACUGGAACCCUCUUUCAUGCACGGUCAAUACGAUAGGGCCUUCCUUCGACAGCACUGUGCCGUCCUCGACGUAAGUGGCAAGAUGGACUCGUUGUACAUUGCCAUGGAGCACGACACGCUGUCGUGGAACUUCCUGAAGCGAUCGCCCAUCUACCUUGAGGGGCUCGAAUCUGCAUGGGAGCACGACGUCGUGCUCGACCAGAAAGACGACCAAGACCCAUCAUCCAGAGAUCACUAUGGUGACGAGGGCGGUGAUGAGUCACCCCCUGCCGGCAACAUCGUUGGAGCCUUUAAAGGGCUGAAGCGCAGCAUGUCUGAAGUAUCAUGCUCAUCAAGCCUGGACGACCCAGAAGGACCCCUCACGAAACUGCCACGGACGUGCAAGUCGUCCCGACUAGAGAUGCGACGCGGAGUCGAGACUGCGCGAUAGGAUGAGGAGGGAUCAGGACGAGAGCACGGCACCACCGACAACUAAACACCAUUUUGCGAUUUCACUCACGGGCAUUAGAAAAGGGACACCAAGGGAUUAUGAAAGCGACUGGUUUUCUCUGCACUGGGCAUAUAAUUGGGGCGUUCAGACACUUUUGGGAAACUACUAUUGAGAUACCUCGGGCACUGCACUGGCCCGUCUUUGACAGAAAAGAAAGGCUCGCUCUUUUUCGGGAUGGUAUGGCUUGGGAUAAAGGGAUUUGGUUUUUGGGUUUGGAUUUGAUUAGAAGCAUAGACGAAAAGAGGUUGGAACAUCCAUCCCGAAACUUGUACAUGUACACAUAGGAAGAAGAGGAUUCCUCAUGUUUGAGCCUUUGCUUGCUACCU